CCUGCUGCUCUCUUGCAGACAGGAAAGGCAUGGUCUCUGUGUCCUGAUCCUAUAGAAGCUCAUGGGGAGCCUCAGACUGGCAGCCUUGCUCCUGUCUCUCCCCCUACUGCUCAGCCUCGUUGUGUCUGCUCAGAUUGCCUGCUCCUGCCUGCCACGUUGGACCAGCCACUGUCUACUGGCCUGCCGUGUGGAUAAACGUUAUGCUGGAUGUUCUGCUCAAAGCCCCUGCCCUACCGUCCUAGCCACAAAGCCUUGGCACUGGUCUUACUGUUUGUGGCUGUGUCUGGUGUCACGUUCUUCAGGCCUUCAGUGGGGCUGGUUCCCUCUCUUGGUGAGGAAAUCUAAAAGUCUUCAUAAAUUUGAAGUCUACUGGAGGCACAAGACACCAGCAUCCUUCCAGAGGAAGCUGCUAGACAGUUCUUCCCCCUCUCAGGAAAGCCACCACAUUUCCAUCCUCUUCCCAGCCAUCUCCCACAGAGGCCUGCGCACCAAAAGGACCCAGCCUUCAGCUGCAAAAGGAAUAGAACAUCUCCCUGAAGCAGGGUCACAAAAGCAUGGAGGACUUGAAUUCUCCUUUGAUUUGCUGCCCGAGGUACAGGCUAUUCGGGUGACUAUUCCUCCAGGCCCAGAGGCCAGUGUGCGCCUUUGUUACCAGUGGGCACUGGAAUGUGAAGAUAUGAGUAGUCCUUUUGAUACCCAGAAAAUUGUGUCUGGGGGCCACACUGUAGACCUGCCUUAUGAAUUCCUUCUUCCCUGUAUGUGCAUAGAGGCCUUCUACCUGCAAGAGGACACUGUGAGGCACAAAAAGUGUCCCUUCCAGAGCUGGCCUGAAGCUUAUGGCUUGGACUUCUGGAAGUCAAUCCGCUUCACUGACUACAGCCAGCACAAUCAGAUGGUCAUGGCUCUGACACUCCGCUGCCCACUGAAACUGGAGGCCUCCCUCUGCUGGAGGCAGGACCCACUCACACCCUGCGAAACCCUUCCCAAUGCCACAGCACAGGAGUCAGAAGGAUGGUAUAUCCUGGAGAAUGUGGACUUGCACCCCCAGCUCUGCUUUAAGUUUUCUUUUGAAAACAGCAGCCAUGUUGAAUGUCCCCGCCAGAGUGGCUCUCUCCCAUCCUGGACUGUGAGCAUGGAUACCCAGGCCCAACAGCUGACUCUUCACUUUUCUUUGAGGACGUAUGCUACCUUCAGUGCUGCCUGGAGUAACCCAGGUUUGGGGAUGGGUACCUCCAUGCCUCCUGUGUACAGCAUCAGCCAGACCCAGGGCUCAGUCCCAGUGACUCUAGUCCUCAUCAUUCCCUUCUUGAGACAGGGGAGCUGCAUCCUGGUGUGGAGGUCAGAUGUCCAGUUUGCCUGGAAGCACCUCUUGUGUCCUGAUGUCUCCCAUAGACACCUCGGGCUCGUGAUCCUGGCACUACUGGGUCUCACCACUCUACUGGGUGUAGUUCUGGUCCUCCUCUGCCGGCGCCUACUGCCAGGCGCCCCUUACCCUACUCAGCUGUUGCUCGGGUCCCCAGGCUCAGGUCGAACAAGGCCAGUUUUACUCCUACACGCAGCGGACUCAGAGGCACAGCGCCGCCUGGUGGGAGCUCUGGCCGAACUGCUGCGGACCGCGCUGGGUGGUGGACGCGACGUGAUCGUGGAUCUUUGGGAAGGGACGCACGUAGCACGCAUUGGACCACUGCCAUGGCUCUGGGCAGCGCGGGAGCGCGUGGCACGGGAGCAGGGCACGGUGCUGCUCCUGUGGAACUGUGCGGGCCCCAGCACCGCCUGCAGCGGCGACCCGCAGGCUGCCUCCCUUCGCACCCUGCUGUGCGCUGCUCCAAGCCGGCUGCUGCUUGCCUACUUCAGUCGCCUCUGCCCCAAAGGUGACAUCCCCCGGCCGCUGCGCUCUCUGCCGCGCUACCGCCUGCUUCGUGACCUGCCGCGCCUGCUUCGAGCGCUGGAUGCUCGGCCUGCCACCCUAGCCACCAGUUGGAGUCACCUUGGGGCUAAGCGGUGUUUGAAGAGCCGCCUGGAGCUGUGUCACCUGCUGGAACUCGAGGCCGCCAAAGAUGACUAUCAAGGCCCAACCAAUAGUCCCUGUAGUUUCAGUUGUCUGUAGACUAUGAAGCAACAGCAGCAACUCCAGAACGAGGCCUCAAACAUGUACUCCUUGGGGGUGCUUCUUGCCCUCCAAACCGUGUAAGACUCAACUCAGGUCCCACGUUUGACAAGCCUCCCUCCCGCAUUUGCUCCUCUCAUAGUCCCUGAGAGGAAGUUGGGCUUUCCUGGUAGGUCCUCAGCCCUUUCUGAGAAGGAGGGGCGAUUUUUCCAUUUCUUCUCAAAACUGCAAAAAGACAGCCAUCUGCACCAUAUGCGCUAGUCCAGGCUGGACAGCUAGGCCACGGUUGCAAAGCAGGGCCCAUGUGUCAAGCUCUUGAAAGGAGUUCUGCUCCACAGAGUUGAGAGAAACCGCCCUGUAAGCCAGGGGUCCCUUGCCCUUUCCCAGAGGGAGGCCCCCUCAAGAGAUAGUUUGAUUUUUUUGUUUGUUUCUUUGAGACUGAAUCCCACUGUGUAGCCCUUCAUGGCCUGGAACAAAGAGAUCCACCUGCCUCUGGCUCCUGAGUGCUGGGAUUAGAGGCCUACAUCACCACAAUUGGUGAGAGAGAGGGUUUCUAUCGUCUAGAAAGAUGAAUAAAAGCAAACAUCAUAGACACACUAAGGACCAGUGUGCUGCUCUUGUGUGCCCGGGCCUGUCAGGAAGCCUGCCCUGGGCUUGUUCUAGAACAGCUCACCAGCUCAAGUCCUUUCAUUCAUACUGUCAUCUGUGGUUUCAUUCCCACUAGCACUGCCUUGAAAGGCAAGGAGGACCCAAUGCAUCCUGGAUCCUCUCCUCGCUAUUCUUCCAAGAGCCGAAGGUCAGCUAGGCUGCAUGCCCAUCCCCACCCCUCUAGUCCCAGCAGUACAGAACCUCUGCGGAGUACUGGCUCUCCCAGGCCUGACUGCCCCUCCGGCUCCCUUGAACCCUGGCCAGGCAGUGGGGAGCUCACUUUCUGGUGUCCUUUGGCACAGCUCACUGUCUUCAGAGCUCCUGUUUCACGAGGGUCACUGUCACUGAGGGAAGUACUUGAAGAACCUAAGUAUAGAGGAGACCCAGUGGACCUCAGGAUCCUAGGGUCAUACAGGAAGUGGAAACACCAGGAAGUGGAAACACCCAGGAUGCCACAAGCCUGGGGUCUUCCCGAUCAGAUCGAUCAGAACCUUUGUUUUGGGUGAGAUCCAGGGUAAGGAAUGCCUUUACUCGGUAGUGACUCCAGCUGUGCUGCCUUCCCAGUGCUCCUCCCAGCCAGGUGCCAGCCGAAGUAGAGGAGGAGAAGGAAGAGAGGCCACCACCCAAGUCCAAAGC